GGAAGGAUUGAGCCUGAAGGCCCACCACCUCCCCCUGCAGAAUACCCUCCCGAGAGCACCCUGUGGGUGGGGGGCCAGGCAGUUAAUAGCAGCUGAGUUAAUCUCUGGAGCCUGCAGGAGUAUUGAUCUCGCCUGGUAGCCGGGCACUUUACUUAUCGCCAGGGAUGAGCAUUCUUCUUAAUACAGUUGCACACAGACAAAAGAAGGCUCACAAUUGCUGCCUUCCCCGCAGCCCCUCGCCCCCCUUCCCUUCCCAGCGAGGGUCAGAAGUCCUUUUUUCCAAUUCUAUGCACAUAGCUCCACCUCUUAAUAUCCCCCGAAAGUGUGUGUGCAGAUAAGAGUGGACAGCUGGUGUGCAGGGUGCCAGUGCAAGACAGCUGCUCUAUUGUCUAUUCUCUCCCAGCAGCUGCCCCGCUGCAACAAUACCCCCGGCCCCGGAGCCAAUGGGGCCGGUGCCGGCGGCCGGGCAGCCUAUCCCUGCCCACGGCUAAUCUAUGGCACGCGCGUGAUUUCGCUGCAAAAACUUUUUUUCUUAUUCAAAUAAAUAAGUCUAAAGUUCUUCCUCCCUCCUCCCCCCCGCUCGGAACAGGGGCGGGCAGCUCCGGGCAUGGUGAGGAGACUGCGGUGAGCUUCAGAAAUCAACCAUGGGCAUUAAAGGUUUACAGGGAUUUGUGGCGAGAGUUUGCCCUGACGCAUGCAGAAUGGUAGAUCUGAAAGAGAUGGCAGAAAAACACCGCAUCGAUCAUCCAGAUGUCACGCCUGUUAUUGUAGUAGAUGCCAUGAGUUGUGUUCGACGCUGGUACACACCAGAAUCCUGGGUGUGUGGUGGCCAGUGGCGAGAGUACCUUACUGUUUUAGAGGAUUUCAUCGAAACUUUUAAAGCAGCUGGUAUCGAGUUGGUGUUUUACUUUGAUGGAGUGGUGGAAGAGAAAAAGAGAGAUGAGUGGAUCAAACGGAGGCAGCAGAAUAAUAAGGAAAUAGCCAACCUAUUUCAGUUUAUCAAGACUCACAGGAAACAGCCGGGGAGAGAAAUGUUCGUUCUUCCCUCAGCUUUGCCUACUUUUACACGGUUUGCUCUAAAGUCACUUGGUCAGAAAACAGUGUGCACAUUGCAAGAGGCAGAUUUUGAGGUGGCUGCGUAUGGUUUGCAGCAUAACUGCAUGGGAAUUCUUGGGCAAGAUAGUGACUACCUCAUCUAUAAUACAUCUCCCUAUUUUUCCAUUGAGAAGCUCUGCUUGGACAGACUAGUCACUGUUAUGUACUCCAGAGAAGAUCUUUGCCGUGCGCUAGGUCUUAAUAUGAUGCACCUUCCUCUCUUUGCUUGUUUGCUUGGCAAUGAUGUUGUUCCAGAGAACAUGCUGGAAGGCUUCUGGCAUAAAUGUUUAGUCAUCUGUCCCUCCAGGAAUAAGAGCUACAACAGAAGAACAAGCAUAAUUCUAGCUGUAGCAAAAUAUAUCUCCAAAAUUCCAUGCUUGUACAGCAGCCUGAAACACUUGGAAGAUAUGCUACCUCUGGGAUCAGACAAGACAUUACUUCACAGAGGAAUGGAGUCCUAUCUUUUGCCAGGGCAGCAGUCUCCAUGGAUUCCUCCUGAUGCAAGAAAUUUCAAAAUGUUCUCAGGUCAAGAAGAAACACCCAUGUGUCGAGAUAAGGAAAUCUUUCAGUUAGCUAAAGAACAUCACAUCCAAUCUGAAAAUUAUGCAAUCUUCAAUAUCCUGAGUAAUGGAGAGCUUGAGUGCAGCAACUCUUUGGAAGAUGAUUGUGAUACAGAGAUUCCUGGACAGGCACUCAUCUAUCGCCCUGCUCGUCAGCAUAUUUAUUCUGUCUUGUUGGAAUCAGGAGAUGGAGCCUGUCCUAUGGUAAAAGAGUGGUUUGUCUAUUGUGGAAAUCCUCUACAGGAGCCAGACCUGAUACAACCUGUGCAGCCCUCUAUUCCAGGUGGAACACCUAAUUUGAAAACACUGUGGUUUGCCAAAGGACCUGACGUGGAAAAGCAACGAUACAGUACAUUUCUGGCAUGCUUUCACCUUCAGGAUGCAAUGGAAGAGCUCCAGGCUCUAGAAGCACCUGUUGCAGCAUUCUGCUGCUUGCUGACCUACCUUAUGCUGCAGGUCAGUAGUCUCUCUCUGGAAGACUUAAAUGCAUUUGUGGCACUCAUUCUCUGCCUCAGAGGAAAGUCAGCUGCUGAACUGGCAAGUUUGCAGCUUGUGCAAGUGGACUCCAGAGCUGUACAUCUCGGUGCUGUUUUGGUUCGUGGCCUUACAACAUUGCUCAUGGCCAAUAGUGCCUGUGGCUUUCCAUUCAGAAUGGAUGAUUUGAUGCCCUGGAAAGUGUUUGAUGGAAAACUUUUUCAAGAAAAAUACCAAAAGUCACACCAGAGUUGCUCUUUGGAAGAGCUUCUGGAAGGCAAUGAGUCUUUGUAUACACCCUUCCAGAAUCUGAAGUCGCUCAUUUGCAAGGUUUGUGCGGUGAAGAAAAGAACAAUACAGAGCAAACCAAGAGGGAGUGGAUUUAUCACAGGAACACACCAAAGAGAACUUAACCCUAGGUUCCAGCAAACACACAGAAGCUCCUUUGUUUCUCCAUAUCAUAAUCAAAUGAGGGGCAACCUCUGGAGAAAUCCUCAACCACAAGGUAGAAGAUACAGAUCAGGGCAUUCAGACCAGAGGAGAAGAUUCCAUGUUCCACCUUGGUAAAGAAUAAAUGUGAUGACCUAGCAGACUGCGAUGGUGGGAUAGUUGCUGUUGGGAUUGUUUUUUGUCUGUGAGAGCCUCUUACAAACUUUACAGAAUAACUGAACCAUAUGACUGCAGAAGAAAUGGAUCAAAGCUGAGAGUAUUUAGUAUGUGAAUGCCUUGCUAUGUCUAAACUUGCUAUGAGACCAGAAUCACAGAACUAAGGUUAAUGGUACCAGCUGAGGUGUAGCUACAUUAUUUUGUACCACUGACAAUGGAAAUUCUAAAGCAUUUGUACCACAUCAUAAGAUAUUCCUGGCUAUUCUAGUUUUGUAUACUCCAAGAGUUUGCCCGUCAUGAAUGACAUGGAAUACUCAUGCUGAAUUGUGGUUUGUGUCUUGGGUAGAUUAUAUCUUAAGGAUUAUGCCACUGGUACUGAAACCUGUUGAAAACUUUGAAAAAUGUCAUCACUGUUGCCAUUUAAACAUCACCUGCCAGCAAAACAAAAUGACCUUCCUGUAAAAUGCAGUGCUUUCUGGAAACAGCCAAAAACUGCUGUUGCUUUUGGUACUUAAGCAAUUCUCUCAUCUGAAUGUGCGGAAUGAACCACAACAUUGCAGAGGAGAGAAAGAAUCUGAGUCUUGUCCUGCCCUACUUUGGCAAUAAAUAAUACUUUUAAGAACCAGACUUUUCCCUGUCCAAAAUCUCAACGAUAUAAUUGAAAAUUGUCUUCAUCAAUGUAAUCCUCAACAGUUUCAUUUUCUUAGGUUUCUACUGAUCUUUUAAUAGGCUUGACUCAAGUGGAUGUUUAUGGAACUGAUUUCCUCUGUUUAUGUGCUUUGGAAUCAUCAUAUCUUUAGUUUUGUACUUCAGCAUUUUCAGUAUAUUAAGUCAUAUCAUAAUCUCUGUAUGGGAAGUAUAUAAUGAAAGGAAAAUGAAAGCUUGAUAAGACUGAGCAGCAGAAAUGAAUAAAGGAUAUGCAAGGAUGGAGGCAAAAUGUUAAAAGGAAGUUUUAUAAUCUGGUACAGUGUGCAGAUUCUCACAGGACUAUCUUUAGUUAUUGAGGAUGUUGACUAUUCCAAACUGCUUUUAGAAUUUUUUCACUUUUCUGUUCUUCAAUCUGUAACAAUCAGCAAGCUGUUUACUGUGCUGAGUGAGUAAGAUGUUGUGACCCAAUUCUUGCUUAAGUUAUGUAACUUUAUGUUACAUUCUACAGAAUAUACAAUAUUUCAAGCUAGUUAUUGUAAAAAAAAAAAAACACAAAAACAUUCAGUGCCUUCUAUCUGGCUUGAAUUUGUACACCUUUGGCAUCCACCUAUUAUUUUCUGUCUAAAUUCCUUUGAUUUCCUUUUAUUUGAGGAUUAUUUUUUUUUUUAAGGAAAUUCAAAAUAAUACUUUUCAGGCACAUGUGGCUUUCAUGAGCAGUUUGCUUUUGAAACUUUUUAUAGGACUUUCUGUUAGUAGAAUUGUUUCAGUGUUGAUGCUUGUGUGUCUUAUUUGGCUCAUCACAACUGUUGAUUUUUUAGGUCGUCCAGAUGAAGUUACUCAAUACUGGAAGUGGAUGAAAAUAUUGUAAUUUUCUUGUAUGUCUUUUUCUGAUUGUGACACAAUAAAUACAUUCUUUUGUACUCUGUGUAUAGCAACAACUAAACAAAUAAAUUGACAGCAACACAGGAUUUCUAAUUCUGAGCAGACACAGUUUUUACACAAUAUAGUAUCUGAGUUAUGUUGCAGGACUCCUGUUUUGAAAGGGAUACUCCUACUUCCUUUUUUGCUUGAUUUGUCAAUGACUGUAAUUGUACUACCUCUUUUUUUCUUCUACUUUUUCUUUUUUCUUUUUUCCUUUUUUUCUUUUCCUUUUUUCCUUUUCCUUUUUCUUUUUCCUUUUCCUUUUUCUUUUUCCUUUUUUCUUCUUUUUCUUCUCCCUCUCACUCCCAAAGCUUUUGGAAUAAUGUGGUCUCAGUUUUAUGGAAAGUUGUUUAGUUUAAGGAAUCUUGUGUUUAACAGUGUAUAUGAAAAGAAUGCCACUAUGAGCCAGAAUUUCUUAGUAAUUCCUCUUUCAAUUCAGAUACAAGGGAAGAUUUCUGUUGGCCUUAAGAAACAAAAUUACAUACAGUUAGAGUGAGAUUUUUUCUGUGCUAGCUGUGAUAUGAUAUGAAUUGUUGGUAAUAAUUGCCCUGACUACUGAAGAACUAUUAGACUCUGAGAAUUUGUGUUGGUUUUUUUCUCCCUAAUACUAGACUAUAAACAGAAACUGCUGUUAUUAUUUCCAAGCUAAGAUUUUUUCCCACUUGGAAUAAUAGAGCCAAUGUAGGAGGAAGCUGAAAGAUAAAGGGAUUAUUUUCCAGUGUCAUUGAAAUUUAAAUUGAUCAGAGUACCACAAGGCUUAUGGACUGCA